AUGUCUAACACCUUUUUGUUCACUUCCGAGUCCGUUGGUGAGGGUCAUCCCGAUAAGAUCUGUGAUCAGGUUUCUGACGCUAUUUUGGAUGCCUGCCUUUCUGAGGACCCUCUGUCCAAGGUCGCUUGUGAGUCUGCCUCCAAGACCGGUAUGAUUAUGGUGUUUGGCGAGAUUACCACCUCGGCCAAGCUUGACUACCAGAAGAUUAUCCGUGACACUAUCAAGAAGAUCGGUUACGACCACUCCGAUAAGGGCUUUGACUUCAAGACCUGUAACGUUCUUGUCGCCAUUGAGCAGCAGUCUCCUGAUAUCGCCCAGGGUCUCCACUACGAGAAAGCUCUUGAGGAGCUCGGUGCCGGUGACCAGGGCAUUAUGUUCGGCUAUGCCACUGACGAGACUGAGGAGCUUUUGCCCUUGACCGUUUUGUUGGCCCACAAACUCAACAAGGCCAUGGCCGAUGCCCGUCGCGACGGCUCUCUUGAUUGGCUGCGUCCUGACACCAAGACCCAGGUCACUGUUGAGUACAAGAACGAGAACGGUGCGACCAUUCCCUUGCGUGUCGACACUGUUGUUGUUUCUGCUCAGCACUCUGACGAUAUCUCCACUGAGGACCUCCGCGAGGCCAUCAAGGAGAAGAUCAUCAAGAAGGUCAUUCCCGCCAAGCUGCUUGACGACAAGACCGUUUACCACAUCCAGCCGUCCGGCCGUUUCGUCAUUGGCGGUCCCCAGGGUGACGCCGGUCUCACUGGCCGCAAAAUUAUUGUCGAUACCUACGGUGGAUGGGGUGCCCACGGUGGUGGUGCCUUCUCCGGCAAGGACUUCUCCAAGGUCGACCGCUCUGCUGCCUACGCUGCGCGUUGGGUCGCCAAGUCGCUGGUCGCUGCCGGCCUGGCCCGCCGCGCCCUUGUUCAGUUCUCCUACGCCAUUGGUGUCGCUGAGCCACUCUCUAUCUUCGUUGAUACUUACGGCACUUCCAAGUACUCGGAGGAGGAGCUUGUUAACAUUAUCCGCACCAACUUCGAUCUCCGUCCCGGUGUGAUUGUCAAGGAGCUCGAUUUGGCCCGCCCCAUCUAUCUCCAGACUGCCGCCUACGGUCACUUCACCAACCAGGAGAACUCCUGGGAGAAGCCUCGCAAGCUCCAGCUUUAA